AAAAAUCUUUUUAUUUACGACGUGUUACCUCAGAGUAAUACGUUCAUUCAUCAAGGAGUAAUAUCAGAGCAAUUCUGGCAAAUUUAAAAAUAAAUUAUAAAACAAGAGAGAAAAAUUAAUAAUAACAACGAUUUAUGAUUUUUAUUCGCGAUCAUGUUUCGGAAAAUUAUUUUAUUGUGUACAGUUAUUGUAUCUCUCGUACAAUGUAAAAAGCUUCACCAAUAUAUGACACCGGAAGAAGUAAUGGCAGUGUUUCACACGAGUCAUGAAGAAGUACCAGAUUAUGAUGUCGUUCCAAUACAACACACUGUCCAUCAAAGAAAUUUGGAUGACAAUCAAGAAAUACAAUUUAAAGCUUUCGAUAGAGACAUUAAAUUGUAUCUUACUCCUACGGAGGGAAUACUUGCUAGCGAAAACACACCCGUUUGGACUGUAUCUUCUAAUCCGAAUUAUCCUGAAGGAUUGAAAUAUGAUCUAAUACCGAAUGCCAUGAAAAAUAUAGGUAGAACAUUUCAUGAUAUGAAUAAUACUGCGUCGAUACUGAUGCAAUUGGAUGCUAAUAGAAGAUUACAUCUUAACGGAAUCAUUUCUUCUGUUAACAAAGUAAUUCGACGUUUACCUCACCGCAUUUUACAUGAUGUACUUUACAGUGAGAAAAAUUUAUACAAGCCUCUUCAUACUAAAAAUGUAACUAAAAACGAUGACCUCGCUUAUACUUAUCAUCAUGUUAUUUAUGAGAUACCAAAAAAUAGAAAAAAGCACUAUAAGGAAUUCAAAUUGUCGAAUCCAAGCAAACGUAUUAACAACACAGGACACAAGCAUAACGUACCAGAUGUUAUUUAUCCAGAAAUAUUAAUCAUAAUGGAUAACAGUGAAUACGCAUUAGUUGGAAAUGAUAUCAAACAUGCUAUAAGAUAUAUCCUUUCAUUUUGGAACGGUGUAGAUUUAAGAUACAGAUUAUUAAACAAUCCAAAAAUUCGAUUCAAUAUUGCCGGUAUAGUUAUAGCUUUGGAUAACAAUGCAACUUCGUAUAUGGAAAAAAAUCGUUUAGAAAGUGAAUCGCUUAUGGUAGAUGUUGAUAAAGCUUUACGUGAAAUGGCAGAUUAUAUUUAUAGAGAGACAAGAUUCCCAAUUGGUUUCUAUGACAUAGCGAUCACUAUGACCCAAUUAGAUAUAUGUAACAUGGUGGAUGAUUAUUGCGAUGAUUCGACUCUUGGUUAUGCAUAUGUAUCAGGAGCAUGUAACAGACAAGACGAUAAGAAAACUUCAGAAAUGGCUGGUAUCGUAGAGGAUAAUGGUGGUUUUAGUGGGAUUAUACCAGCUGCUCAUGAAAUUGGCCAUUUAAUCGGAGCCAGACAUGAUGGUAAUCCAACAUAUGCUACCAAUUGUUCAGAACAUGACGGCUACAUCAUGACCAGCGGUUUAAUGUUAAAUGAAAAUGGAUUUGAAUGGUCUAACUGUAGUAUAAACGCGUUUUAUACAUUCCUCAGUGAAGACAGAGCGAAAUGUCUUUAUAACGAACCUGUAAACGGUCACUCGUUACCUCGAAUUCUGCCAGGCAAAUUAAUGUCACUCGAUUAUCAAUGUAAGAAAGUACAUGGUCAUGAAGCAAAAGCAUGUAAUACUGAUCAUACUGUCUGUACUAGAUUAGAUUGUUUAGUGCCAGGAAGUGAAAGUGCGUGCACAGCUAUAGCUCCAGCAGCUGAAGGUUCUUCUUGUGGAAAAGGCGUCUUUUGUCUCAACGGUAAAUGCGUUCUGGAAGGAUCGUAUAUGAAAUCUAACGAUAAGAAAUUCUGGUUAAGACGUUUCCAACCAUUAUUCAAACUUCAAAAGAUUGUGAAACCAUUUGUCUUAUGAAACAUCCUUUAGCAGCGAAUAAUAAAUUAAUACAUUUUUAUAGAAA